AUGGCCGAGUCUGCAAAUUUUCCCGUCAUCUCGUUCGCGCCCUUUCUGGACCCAAAUGCUCCCGAAUCGGAGCAGCUGGCGGUGGCGCAGAAGCUGUACGAUGCGUUCCACACCUAUGGCUGGGUCUAUCUGAAAGACUUCGGCAUUUCCGAUGAGGAAGUCGCCCGCAUGUUUGCCCUCAGCAAGUCUUACUUCGACCAGCCAAUUGAAGCGAAGCUCGCCAACGCCUUGUCCGACCCUGCUGUGAACCAAGGCUACACAGCAGACGGUGCAGAAGUCGUCUCCAACAGGAAGCCAGAUCACAAGGAAUGCUACGAAUACCGCCGCUUCAAAAACCCCCAGCUCCCCGACCCGGCCGCCCUCCCCGACUUCGAGCCGCGCCUGCGCAUCUUCUACGACAAGUGCCUCCAGCUCUCCGCCGCCGUGCUCUCCGCCCUGGCCCUCUCCAUCGGCCUGCCCCGCGACUUCUUCGCCCGCCACCUGACCCACGCCGACCCGCAGCUGCGCCUGCUGCACUACAUGCCCAUCCCCGCCGCCACCAUCGCCAACCCGGACGAGCAUUCACGCAUCCACGCCCACACUGAUUACGGCCUCUGCACGAUCCUCUUCCAAGACCUCACCGGCGGCCUCGAAGUCGACCCCUUCCACACGGGCGCCUUCGUCCCCGCCACGCCCCUGCCCGGCACCUGCGUCAUCAACGUCGCCGACCUGCUGCAACGCUGGUCCAACGACCGCCUGCGCAGCACGCUACACCGCGUCGUGUCCCCGCCGCCUUCUUCUUCUUCUCCUUCUUCUUCCUCCUCUCCAGACGGCACUACUGGUGAUGCCGCAGCAGCAACAGCAGCAGCAGCAGCAGCAGCAGCAGCAACAACGAUGCUCCCCGCCCGCUACUCCACCGCCUUCUUCGUGCACCCGAGCCCCGACACGACGGUGGCGCCCGUCGUCGUCGACGAGGGCGAGACGGCGCGGUAUGAGCCCGUCAAUGCGGGGGAGUGGCGGACGAGCAUCACGGCGAGGAAUUAUUCGUUGCCGGUGGAGGAGGCUGAGAAAGCGGUGGCGGGGGCGGCGGUGGUGGCGUGA